AUGGAACCCACGCGAGAGGAGCGGCAGCAAAUGCGGCAGCGUGGAGCUGGGACGCGCAAAGCAAAAGAAGUCAAUUUCGGAUUCUCAUUCGGUGGCCUUGCGCCAGAACCAUCAGCGCCUGCGCCGCUUGCUAUUGUCCCUGAACCUCAACCACGAACACAACCCGCGACCACACCACGACCGACCAAGGCGUCAACCCAAGGCGAGGAGGAGACUGCGCGUACGCCUGGAAGCGCGCGCAACAAGUUCCCCGAGAGGCCUUCGACAUAUGACAUACCCUCAGAAGAUGGACCUGAACAAACGCGAAGCAGCAAACGUAGGAAGAUCAAUCCAAUCGAAGGAACUCAGGAUACUCCAACUCGGCGAAACUCGGCGCAACCCGCGAAUGACGACUCCCAACAUGCUGAUAACAGCGCAGGUAGCACAGAGGGGCAACCCAGCCAUGCACCCCCAAGUACCGACGCGGCUAUCGGAGGUCAGCGUCCAGGAACUGAGACCUCGAGCACUAAUGGCGUGGAUCGGGUGACCCCAGCCGACAAAGAGCAGGUUGCUCAAAAUGGCACACCAGCAAAUGGCGUCGCAGAGCCUACACUGGCUGAAAGCACGCAAGAGCCAACUGCAUUACCCAAAGCACCCUCAUCUGAGGCUCAAUCCGGGGCCAAGCAGCCAGAAAAGACGAAACCACUACGUGAAGAACGACACAAGAUCCAGUCACCCAUAAUGCCUGCAAAACAGGCUCAACGAGACAACAGCAGCAAACGAGAUGCCACAGUACCUGCUUCUCCGGCGCCCCAUCUGGCAGAGAAACCUACAGCAGCUCUACAAAGCAACAUAUCAACAGAGAUUGCUAGGGCUAAUGAUGUUUUGGUUGAUGAUAGUGCUGAGGCGGCUGUAAGCGCCCCAGAAACCACGGAAAUUGCACCAGAACAAGACAACCAAGCAUCUACAGAGCCUACCCAGAAGACAAAGAAAGCGCGAGGUCGCCCGCGCAAGUCAACUGUGUCUCAAUCCCCAGAAAGUGCGGCAUAUGCGGCACAAGAACCUUUAUCUGAAACACAGCCUGAGCCCACGGCAGAACAAGUUGAGACAUCUGCACCAACCAAACGGCCUCGCGGAAGACCGUCUCUCAAUGGCAAGACAAAGGCUGCUGAAUCUGGGAGAGUUUCAACUGAGCCUCCGACAGCACAAGCUGAGACAUCUUCACAACCCAAGCGGCCUCGUGGCAGACCAUCUCUCGAUGGGAAGAACAGAGCCGCUGGGGCUGGCAGGGCUUUGCCUGAGCCCGUACCAGGUGCUGCGGAGGUGGAAGCUGCAGUUUCUAAGCCACAACGCGGCAGACCUAAGAAGGCCGACCGUACUACAGAGCCCGAGCCUGACGCUGAGGUAGAACAACCAGAAUCCGAUGAACCUGUGGAAACUGCAGUACCCAAGCCACAACGUGGCAGAUCUAGUAAGAAAGGCAAACGCCCAGCGGAGCCUGAGACCGAACCCGAACCCACCACAGAAGACCAACCAAGCCCUGAGACUGUACCUACUGCAUCCAAACCACGCGGCAGGCCUACAAAGAAGGCGAAGCGUCCAGUUGAGCGCGAGACAGAACCCGAUGCAGAAGAGCAAGAGCAACCAGCAGCUGAGCCUACAGAGCAAACUCGCCGAAAGGCUCGUGAGCCUCGAGGGGAGAGCUUCCCUGUCACUGUUCAUCGCCUCGCCAACGCCGUUGCUCUGGGUGGCAGGUCUGCUGCCGAUUCCGGAGACGAACAAGACUCCGCCGACGAGCUAUCAUCACGCCAGCGGACCAAGGUGCCCAACCGCGGCGGUGUCAAUCCUGCAGACGUAUUGGGCCAGAUCUGCCGCGAGACUCUAGAGAAGACCCUCACAACACUCAAUGAUGGGAUUGCCAAUGAGGCGAAUGCUACACGGCGAGCAGAGUGGACACGCAAAAGAAAAGCCGUCGAGGCCUUUGGCUCUGAACUUGAGAGCCGGCUUAUGGAUCUAAGCGAGAUGCUGGACAGUAACUUUGUCCUCGGUGUGCAGUUGAAGAAAGCUAAGAAGGAAAUGAUGGAUCUACGCAGCCAUCUAUACCGGGUCAAAAAGGAACGAGAAAUGGUGGCUUUACAGAUGGACGCAGUGCGCGGCAAACACAUUGAAGAGGAGAAGGCCAGAUCGUCACGAACCACCAUCAACAACUCCCUUCACAGCCUUGAACUCGCCCUCGAGCGCAAUCAGAACCGCACCGCAGCUGUUGAAUCCACAUCUGCAGAUCUCGAAUUCAUGCUUCGCACCGUCGCCGAUGUGAGUGCGCGAGCCCCGGGAGCCCAAGGUGGACUCCUGAACCAAAUACGGGCGUUUAAUGCACAGCUUGAAGCUACAGCCAGCCGCCUGGAGCGAUGA